UUUGACAGUCGUGUGAGAAAAAGGAGGAUCCGCCACCGAUUUCGAGACCGCGCCUCACCGUCACGAUCGUCGCCCUAGAGGAUGUCAUGCAUAAAACAUGAGCUGGUUUGAUGCCACGGGAUUUGCCAAUUUGGCAAAGUCUGCUUUGAAGGGAGCACAAAAGACCAUAGACAAGGCUUUGGAUAUCAAGGAGGAAGAACCAAAGGUAAUUCAGUCGCAUGCAGUGGAAACUUCAGAUUUUUUUACUAGUUGGGGAGUACAGAAUGAACAGGAGAUUAGCAAACGUGAUAGCAAUCCACAGAAACAACCAAAUUCGAGUAGUAUUUGGGGUAGCUUUACAGGCUCGUUUUUUGAACCUGCAAAAGUAGAUGGAAAUGGAUGGAAGACUGUCAAGCAUUCCAAAUCCUUGCAAAAUACUAUCAAUCGAGAUGAACAACACAGCAUGGUGUUUUCUACUUCAGCCCCUGAAAAAUUGGUGACAAAGGACUCAAAGUCCGCAAUAGCAAAGAAUGAGUCUGUACAUAAAGAAGAUAAAGGAGAGUCUAGUGCUAUCAGUGAAUCUGUAAAUACUAAUCGUAGCGAAUCUAAUGAUAAAACUAUGUCAGAAUCUUGUAUAUUAUCAGAACAAUCGUCUUUAGAUAAUGUUGUUUCUAUUAGUACCGAUAAGACUAAAAGUGCCAGUUUAGACUUGGAACAAGUAUACUAUGCACCAAUGGCGGACAAUACCGACAGUGAUUCUACGACAAGCCCUGAUAGGGAAGAAGAAAGCCAAUAUGACAAUGAAGUGGCAUCAGAAAGCGACGAUGUCAAUCAUACGUUGAAUCCCACUAAUGUGUUCCACCAAGUACCUAAUGUUUCCUCCGAGAGCGAUAAGAAAAGCCUGGAGAGUGUAGAGAUACUUGGUUCGCAAUCCAACACCGAUUGCACUACCACACCGGAAUCAGAUCCUAAUUCUGUUACUAAUUCAUUAAGUCCUUCUGUCAUUGAUAUCAAGAUAAAUUCCGAAUCAGUUGAGAUACUACCCGACAGUUUGGUAACGUCACCGAGCUCCGUGGAGAUCCUGGGAGAUUGGAAGAGCGAUAGCAGUCCUUAUCUAUCUCCAAUAGAUCAAAAAAAUUUAGAGUCAUCUUCUGUUCUGGGCGAAGAUGAAUGUGCUACUCCAUGCAUAGACUGUGUCGACAUGUUACAACCGCCAAGUAGAGAUCAAUUCGCAGAAGCUUCAUCAUCCGAUAUCUCACCGUAUGAAUCUCCAAUGGAGGAGAUCAAAACAUUGAACAUCAGUCCAUAUCCUAAUAGUGUUGAUAGUUCACCGUCACCCAAUACGUUUUCUAGCUUGGACACGAAUAAAAGUUUGUCAGACGCGACAAAUAACUCAAAAACCUCCCCCGAAAGCGUCGAGGUGAUACCGGACGUAGAAGAGGCAGACGAAGUGAGCUUGGCCGAAGAUUCUUACACUUCCGCUUCUGAAGGUACAGUCAUGACAGUAUUUGAACCAUUACAACAAAUGGAUACGACUAAAAAUAAGAUGGAAUUGAGCGAUAUAAAGAUACCUAUAAAGAUGCACGAUUCAUGUCCGGAUGAUAGGCAAAUCUCAACAAAGGCUUGCACAGAGAACAAGUUAAAUUUAAGUCUUGAUUCACUGAAAGAGAAACAUAAUUUGCAUCUGACACUUGAGCCAAUUACCACACAGCCAAUUCGCAAAUUGGAUCAUUUGGAAGGAGUAAAUGAGAAAUCGGAUGUUUCCACUUUUUCCCAAUUAAUGAGUACCACUAUAGAACCACCGGAUCCAGAUAGUCAAAUCGAAAACCUAGAAGAAACAAAAAUGAUUGAGAGUAAUACUGACCAAUAUUUUAUAUCUACCGAUUCGAGCAGGGAAGGUACCUUGAUAGAGAGCAGUUCGGAGGAUAACGCAACAUUAAUCUGUACGAAUGAUUCCAAAGUCCUGGAGACGCCUUUGACUACUAGUUCUUACGUGAAGACCAUGUUAGCUGAUGCUAUGGUCGAAAAGGGUGAAAUGACUGAUAUGGAGACCCAUUGCACGGAAGUACCGCGAGAAAAUUCGCCUAUAUCGUCGGAAAGUCGUUCCGAUCUUGUAAAAAUUGGAUCUGAUCAAGCUAGUGGACAUACAAGUGGAGAUGAAUUAGAAACUACAACAUCGAGCGACAUCGAAAUAAUAUCUAGUCCUAACGGAGAUUCAAGUUCGACUCAAUCGCGACAGAGUCCGGCGAAAUUGCAAUUGAGUAAAGGUGGUGAUUUGUUAACAAAAACUUUAAAGACUCGAGGUCAUUCUCGAGAAUUGAGCGAAAUCAGCGUAGGAUCGGAUGAAACGAAUAUGGAAAUUGAAAAAUUAUUGAAACGAAUACAGGAGAUGACCGAGAUUUUAGAAGCGAGAGAAUCAAAGUUAAUCGACGUAAGCAGGAUAAAUAUGGAAUUACAUGAACAAAAUACAAAUUUAAUGAAACAGCUCGAGAAUUUUGAAAAACAUGCGGAGCAAAAUCAAAAUAUCAAUCAAAUCACAGAUGAAUAUACGCAACGUCUGUCCGCACUGGAAAGGAAAUUUCAACAAGCGAUAAGGGAACGUGAUCAAUUGAGAAAAAAUUUAGAUCAGUUGAAGUUGGAAGCGGCUUCGCGUUUAUCGUCGCAGGAAAUGUCUAGCAUAAAUGCCGAGAAGGAUGAAAUUAUAAAGGAGCUUCGCGAAGAGGGCGAGAAACUCAGUAAACAACAACUUCAACACAGCAACAUUAUAAAAAAGCUGCGCGUAAAAGAGAAAGAGACUGAUGCAACGAUAAAGAGUCAAAAAGAGCAAAUAGAGGAACAAAAUACAGAAUUGGAGAGAUUGAAACGAUCGUUGUAUGCGAAAGAGGAAGUAGAGCGUAGUCAAAUAGAAGCCGUUCACACGUUGACAGCGAAAACGAAGAAGCAAGAGAAAGAGAUACUAAUAUUACAAGAAAAAUUGGAUAAUACGAUGCAUAAGAUGGAGGCCUUCAAGAAGAGCUUGGAUGCUGCAAAAAUAGACUUAGCAGAAACAAAAAAAAAAUUGUUAGUUACUGAAGAGGAUUUAAAAGAAGCUGUAGAUAACGCGGGAGAAUCGUGCCAAUUGUUUGCACAAGUGGAGGAUUUAAAAUUAAAAUACCGUCAAGCUGAAGAAGCACACGUCAAAAGGGAAGAAUUUUUCAAGCAUGAAAACAACGAAUUACUUAAACGAUUAGAAACAGCAGAGGCUAGAAGUGAAGAGUUUUCUGAAUCCGUCUCGGUAGCAACAAAACCUUUAUUAAGACAGAUAGAACAGCUUCAAGCGAACUUAUUACAUAAAUCCAAUAGUUUCAUGAAGCAGGAGAAGGUUUUAUCGGAAAAAAAUAUUGAAUUGCAGUCAAAAAACGAGAAUUUAAUCGAGAUGGAUCGUCUUCUAAGAGAAGAGAAUGUUAAUUUGAAAUCCAAAGAAUCCCAUUUAGAAUCGAAGCUCAAUUUAAAAGAGAAAGAAAGAUUGAAAUUGCAGGAAUUUCACGAUAAAUUAAAGGAAGAAAACGAGAAAUUAUUAGAGCAAAAUAAAGAACACCAAGAUGCGAUAAACAUUCUCGAGCAGACACAUUCCAGUUAUAUACAGGAACUGAAGAGAGAAAUAAACGCACUAGAGAAUAAAUUAGCAGUUGAAAAGGCAGCGACUGACGCAGAACGGAGAAGAAAUAACGCAAUAUUGGAACAACAGCAAAAUACUGACGAAGAAUCACGAUUUAGCCCUACUCUCAGUAUAGGACAAGAAUCCGUCAGCAGUGCAAAUAGUGCCUGGCCAGGUUUUAGCGAUUCAGUAUUUGAUAAUAACUCCGGUAGAUUUCCUCCAAUACCAUAUGAAAGUAUUAUAACGGGUUCGAGUAGUACAUCAAUCUUUGAGAACUUGCAAGCGCAAUUAAAACAAAGAGAUGGUGAGAUACAGCAACUUCAGUGGGAAUUAUCUCGACGAAAUGCAGAGAGGGAUGCAUUGAACUCGGAAUUAGCAACAUUAACUUUGAAAGUAGAGGAUUUGAGUGCCAAUGUCGCAGAAGCACAAGCACUCAACGCGAGUCUUAAUGAAACCCAAACCAGAUACGAUGCGUUGCUACAAAUGUAUGGCGAAAAGGUCGAGGAGAAUCAGGAGCUACGAUUAGAUCUCGAGGACAUUAAGGAGAUGUACAAAAUGCAAAUUGAUCAACUUUUAAAACGACAGAAUUAACUUUGCUGAAAAUGCAAAAUUAUCGGAAACGAAGACUUACACGCAGCCUACAAUUCUCUAUGAAAUUUUAAUUAUACAUACGCACUUCGACACGUUUUAUCACAUAAUCAAUUUGUCUAUUUCUAGUAAGAUUCGGCGUAUAACAAAGUUUUAUAGUGGAUGACUUUAAUAAUACGUAUAGUCUAAUAUAAAAAAUGUAUUUACAUUAUUUAAUGCAAACGGAAAUUUGUGAUAAAGGAUUUAGAUGCCGAUUAAGAUUUCGAAUGAAGUUCUUUCUGUGAAGUUAAAUAUAUAUUUAUCGAGGAUUAGAGAGAGAUCUUUA